GUUAAACUCCCCGAAAGGAAAAAAAAAGCGAAAGGCCAACCCACCUCGCAGACCACGCGGCACCCAAGGUCCACCACGAAUCGAACAACGAGCCCAACGGGCGCCCAGCUGUAAUCCUCCGGCGCGCAGGCCCCAUCUCCCCGCCGGCGACAUGCAUCCGCCUGCCCCCUCCACCGGAGGAGACCAAGCCACGGCGCCAGGGGCCUACCCGCGGCUCUCGCCGGAGGACGUGGCCCCGCCUCCGCCUCCCCCUUACCAUGCCGCGGCCGCCUACUCCGCGCCGUCCUACUCCGGCAACCCCUACGUCUCCGGCCCCGCCGCCGGCUCCGUGCCACCUCCCAGGAAUACCAUGGACUCGGUGAAGGAUGUCCUGGGGAAGAUGGGGAAGAGGUUUGGCGAGGCCGCCCGCAAGACGGAGAACAUCACCGGCAACUUCUGGCAGCACCUGAAAACUGGACCGAGCAUUGCUGAUGCUGCAAUGGGCAGGGUCUCCCAGAUCACCAAAGUCAUAGCAGAAGGUGGAUAUGAGAAAAUAUUUCAUCAAACUUUUGAUGUCCUCCCUGAAGAAAAACUCAAGAAGCCAUUCGCAUGUUAUCUGUCAACCUCUGCUGGUCCUGUUAUGGGUGUGCUCUACCUGUCAAAUGUAAAGUUGGCUUUCUGUAGUGAUAACCCACUUGCUUACAAGGUUGGGGAUCAAAAUGAGUGGAGCUAUUACAAGGUUGCCAUCCCCCUCGCCCAACUGAGGUCAGUCAAUCCUUCGACAAGCAGAACAAAUGCAGCUGAGAAAUACAUCCAGGUGGUCUCUGUUGAUAAUCACGAGUUUUGGUUCAUGGGGUUCGUGUACUAUGACAGUGCUGUAAAGCACCUGCAGGAAGCACUCCAGGAGGCCCGUAUUUUGCAAGCCUAGUGAUGUCUAUAGAUUGGGACUAUCACGUCGUAUACAUUACAGUUGUGGUAUACUUUGCAUGUCAGACAAACUGGGAGUUGCCCACAUGUAGUUGGAUAGGUGUUGGCAUUUGUUGCUAUCCAUACCAACUUAAACCAGUGUUUCGAUCUGGGAUACCGUAUGCAUUCUCUUUGCUCUUCGUUGUCUACUGUCCAUGAUUGAAUCACAAUUUGCUUCUUGCACUA